GCCUGCCGUGCCACGCCACCUUGACGGGUACCUGUAUCUUGGGACGACAAGUUUUAUGACCCUUUGCCCCCAACAUGGAACCCAUCCGAGUGAUCCCACACUCCCUCUGUUUCCCUACCAGGUACUUAUGAAUCAGUAUUUCUAAACUAGGUCCCUCGCGGGCCCUUCUUUUCUUCCUAGAGUACUCAAAAGUGCCUGCUUCUGAAAACAUGAGGUCCCUCAGUCUCUUCACUCCAGCGUCCGGAAAAUGCACUCUAUUCGAGAUCCGUCUCGACAACAACAUCAUCGUUUUCCGCGGGAACGACCACGAAGCCGCAGGCCAGCUCCUCAAGGGCACCGUCGUCCUCUGUCUCUGUGCGCCGCUCAAGCUCGAAAACAUCCACUUAAAGUUGACAGGAACUGCUCAUUAUACUUGGACCGACGCUAAGGUUACGGCCUCGGGCAUUUCCACUCACAAGGUCGACAAGACCCUGCCGUUCUUCGAGCACCGAUGGCCUCCAUUCGUAGGUGUUGGCGCCCCAGAUCCCGAGACGGAUGGCGUCCGUCAACAAACCAAGGGCGUUACGCUGCCGCCAGGAAACUACGAAUGGCCCUUCGAGCUGAUGCUGGGAGGUGACACUACUGAGAGCGUUGAGGGCAUACGGGAAGCGAGCAUUAGGUACAGGCUCAAGGCGACGAUAGCACGAGGGAAGCUGCAACACGACAUACAUGUCUACAGGCCACUGCGUAUCAUUCGGACUCUCGAUGCAUCGGCGCUCGAGUUUCUCCAUGCCAUGAGCAUUGAGAACAUAUGGCCCAACAAGAUCGAGUACUCGAUUGUCGUACCGCAAAAGGCGAUCGUGUUUGGCAGCGCCAUUCCGCUGGAGAUGAGAUUUACCCCGCUGAUGAAAGGCCUGGAAAUCGGCGACAUUACGAUAAGAUUGCUCGAAGUCCACGAGAUUAUCCUACAACCAACCCCAGGCCACAGCGUUAGGGAUUACCACAAGGAGAGGGAGAUCGAUCACUGGACGGUUUCCGUAACCAGGGACGAGCACUGGAGAGACAUCAUCAACGACGAUAACGGCCCGGAAGGCUGGGUGGUGGACACGUCGCUGGAUUUGCCCAAGAAGUUGGCCAGGUGCCUCCAGGACGUGAACGCUAAGGGGAUUAAGAUUCGGCACAAGCUGAAGCUGGUGGUGGCGCUCAAUAACCCUGAUGGCCACGUUUCGGAACUGCGCGCGACGCUGCCGGUGAUGAUAUUCAUCUCGCCCAACAUGCCGCUGGACGACGCGGGAAAUCUCGUGCGUCAGCUACCCAAUGGGACGCCGGUGGGUACAGAAACUACCGCCAUGGCGCCACCGAGUUACGAUGACCACCGGCUGGACCAACUCUAUGAGGAUAUGGAACCCUUUAGCCUCCACUCGCCGAUCGGCGGCCGGUCAGGCGUGAGCAGCCCAUUGCAUAUCCACUCCAGGGCGGGCUCAACAGACAAUCUCCCGGCCCUUGUGGAAGGCGCCUUCAUCCAGCCAGACUUGCUGGCGUCUAGGUUACACAGCAUGUCGUUGGAGCGGCAGCAUCGAAACAACUCCUGGAACUCGAAUCUCUCGGCAGCAGGGACAGUGUCGAGGACGGAGACGGGGCCGCAUCCUGGUGACGAAAGCCACCUAUCGCCUUCAGCCCCUCUCACCCGCCACAACAGCAACGACGACCCCUCCGGCCCUAACACCCCACCGGAACACAUCGAUUUCGCCGUAGAGAUAACGGCGCUUUCCAGAGUGCCCAGCUACCAUACAGCCGUCAAGACGCCGGUCAAGCCACUCGCUCCGGACAUGUUCGCUCUGCCGGAUUACCAGACAGCCCUGAGCGCACCGAGCUCGCCACCGCAUUCCCCGCAGCUCACCGCUUCCACACCAUCGGUCACCGAGAGCCCCGCGUACGAGCUAGCGCCAGAUUCGGCUCUAACUUCGGCCGCAGCCACCGUCGCACCUCCAACUCCAGGCCCCUCGUCGACAGAGACUGGCACGAGACCGGCGCACAGGAGACACCAUUCGUCCGGUCUAUCGAUUCCUAGGCUUCUCCACAUGCGUGCAGACGGGGAUGAGGCCCGCCGACUGCAGCUACUGCAGUCCCGCGGCAAUUAGGCUAAGACAGUAUCCAGCCUGUGCGAGGGCUGCUGGU